AUGGAUCUGGAACCGCUAGGUCAUGUAGUAAGGGAGAUUGAUGGAAAUGUGACCCGCCACAGAGAAAGAUCUAUAGAAAUACACAAAGCUGGCUGUGAGUGCCAAGGCAGGAAUCCAGCUGACUGUAGCAUGAAGGAGAUGGAGCCAGUGGGUUAUGGAGCAGUAGAUGAGGGCAGGGCUUGUGCUGCUGGCAGAGAGGGUAACCCUGCUGAGUGUAGAGCAAACAAGAUAGAAAAGGAUCAAGGUGCUUAUGAGGAAGGGGAGAUGGGCAAUGGUCUUGCUGGAUGCCCAGUGACAAAUAACAGCAGACCUCUGCUUGGUUUUGGAGUAAGUACAGAGGACAAUGAGUCCCCUGAACGCCAAGCAAUGCAGUUUGGAUGCAAUGUGAUGGAAGCAGAUGUUGGCCCAACUGGACGUGUAGAAGGAAUUGGUGGCCUAAGUGACUGCAGAGCUGGGGAGUCUUCUGAGCAAUCUCCUGACGCAGCCUGUGGCACAAAGGACUGGAGUGGGGAUUAUCCGUAUGAGAACUGCAGUCACAAUGAGUUUGUGAUGGUGUGUGACUAUGAGGCAGCAGAUGACACGCAGCUGAGCCUGUGUCGGGGGGACAAGGUUCUGCUACUUACAGCAGCGACAGCAGAUUGCUGGUGGGUUGCACACGAUGGUGACUGUGGGUAUGUGCCGUCCAGACACCUGCGCGGAGUGGCUGAUAAUGCGGAUGACGCAGACGUGGAUGACCCAUGGCAGGAUGCUGAAUAUUAUGGGAGCUACAAGUCACUGAAGCUGCAUUUGGAGAUGUUGUCUGACGCCCCUCGCACACAGGCUUACAGAGAUGUCAUAAAGCAGAAUAGUCCAGCCCUGAAAGGGAAGCGUAUCCUGGACCUGGGUUGUGGGACCGGGAUUAUAAGCUUUUUCUGCGUGAAGUUGGCGCAGCCUGAGGUCGUGUACGCGGUAGAGGCAAGUGACAUCGCUGAGCAGACCCGUAAAUUAGUUGAAGCAAAUGGAUUCUCAGGCAAAGUGCAGGUUCUGCGUCAGCGAGCAAAAUACCUGGAUUUACCUGCAGAGGUUGAUGUCCUUGUGUCUGAGUGGAUGGGGACUUGUCUGCUGUUUGAGUUUAUGUUGGAAUCCGUGCUCCUAGCACGUGACCUCUGGCUGAAGGCGGAUGGGGUGAUGUGACCGAGCACCGCCUGUAUUCACCUGGUGCCUUGCAGUGCAGAUAAAGAAUAUACCGCCAAAGUCCUCUUCUGGGACUCGCCCUAUGGGCUGGACUUCAGUAUAUUAAAGCCUGUGGCCAUACAAGAGUUUCUGUCCAAACCAAAGCCGGAUUAUGUGCUACAGCCAGAGGACUGUCUGUCUCAGCCCCAGGUCCUGCUGAGGGUGGAUAUGAGGACACUGAAGGUUGCAGAAUUAGAGGCUUACACACUGGAAGCACACCCUCUUCCUGCUGGACCAGCCCCUGCAAGUUCACAGAGGAGACUGGAUAACUGGCUCCGCGGUAUUCUGCAGGAAUCCUACCUGGAGACGUCACUUGUCCGUUACGCUGAGCUGGUCUAUUACCAGUACAGCACUUGCAGCAUCGCCCAGUGUUGGCUGCAAGGAAUUCUCAAUAUGGAGAUAAAGGAAUAACUGCACUGAUAUGGCACAAGCUUCUGCAAGAUGCACACAUGCAGCUGUGCAAUAACAUUAGUAGAUGAUGCAGCUGAAUCCCAUAAGCAUUGCCUGGUGCUAGUGGCUUUCACUCUCCAGAAUUCCAGGAGUUGUGGUUCCACAGCAGGCUGGAAAUCCACAGGGUGACUGCAAAUGUGUCUUCACACACUGCUGUUCGAGUCGCGCCAAACAUCCCCUCUUGGCGUGCCAUGUCCCAGACUUCUCUGCUGCACCAAGUGUCUUUCUCGCUCAAAAUAUGCAUCUUAUUUGCAUAAUUAAAAGUGGGAGUGAAACAUUGCACUGAUAAUUUGAUGUGCGACUCAGGGGCAGAUUUAUUAAGCC